AUGGAUUUCGUUCUGCGAUGCAAUUCUCUCAAGUGCCGCCGCCAAGUCAAUGACAGGGCGGUAGUGACAACAUGCAGUCACAUCUUCUGCCUCGAUUGCUCUAAUAAUCUCGGGCUCUCCAAUGCCGAUCUUGCAAUGCGAGUCUGUCCAGCGUGCGAAGCAGCACUCUCCAAUCCCGAUGAUGCAGUCGAAACAUGCCUUGAUCCAUCGGAAGACUACAAGACAAGCGUGCUCAGUGGCCUCAGUCCAAGCAUCAUCAUGGAAUGCGCAGGAAGUGGUUUGGCAUUCUACAGCUACCAGACCACACAAGAAAUCGUCUAUCAAGAGUACCUAGCCAAGAGCCUCACGGACAAGUACAGCAAUUUGAAUGCGCAGGUUGACAAGAUCGUUCACGAAGCCAACGCCGAAAUCGCAAGUCUCCGGGAGAAGCUACAAGCUGUACAGGUUGACCAAAAGAAGCUCGAGAACGAAAACCACAAGCUCGCCGAAGCGUUCAGAGAAAAGUCCGCAAGCCAUGCCAAGACGAACAAGAUGUACCAGACACUCAAAGCGCAGGUGCUUGUCGGACAAGUGGCUACGGCAGCCUCGGACGACGCCGAAGCGACUCUGCAA